CAUCAGAAAAGAAUUCCCCACCGGAAUCCCCCAAUUUGAUUCGAUUGGAUAGUUGCGGAAGGCGGCGGAACCCUAGCCUAGGGAGACGAAGAAGCAAGGUGAUGUCGUCGUCGGCGCCCAGGGAUCUUAGGAACCCUAAUCCUCCCCCUCCUCCCGGAUCCUCGUCGGCUCCCUCGGGGGCCAAUUACUUCCCUCUCCCCUUCCAUCUGCAGCAGCAGCCUCCGCCGCCGGCGAUGGCGAGCACCUACCAGUACCAGCAGUACCAGCAGCUGCAGCAGGCGCACCAGCUCUUCCAACGCGAUGCGCAGACCAUCACCCCCGAGGCGCUCGAGAGCGUCAAGGCCGCCCUCGCCACCAGUGACGUCCUCGACCCCGCCAAUGCCAGAGCCACCGCCAGCUCCUCCGACUCUACCGCCAAGAAGAAGGCCAUUCCCCGCCGCGCCGCUGGCCAAUCCUGGGAGGAUCCCACCCUCACCGACUGGCCCGACAAUGACUAUCGGUUGUUUUGUGGAGAUCUGGGUAAUGAAGUUAAUGACGAUGUCCUCUCAAAAGCUUUUUCACGGUUUCCCUCCUUCAACAUGGCAAGGGUUGUUCGAGAUAAGAGAACUGGCAAAACUAAAGGAUAUGGAUUUGUGAGCUUUUCAAACCCUACAGACCUUGCUGCAGCAAUAAAAGAAAUGAAUGGUAAAUAUGUUGGGAACCGCCCUAUUAAAUUGCGUAAGAGCAAUUGGAAAGAGAGGACUGAUGUUGAUGCUCUAGAGAGACAAAAGAACCACAUCCAGAAAAAACCUAAAUUGCCCAAGAAAAGUAUCCUUCACAAGUAAAGGCUUUUAAAAACUACUGGCGAAACUACUGCACAAGUUGAAGGAGGAUAUACGUUUGACCGCAGUUCUGUUACCAGGGUGGCGCGUUGGUACUAAGCAAUUUAGCUGAUGUUAAACAUCUGCAGAGAGUUUCCGGGUGGAAGCUGGUUUAGCCACGUAACUGAGUGUCCCAAGCAUCGAGGUUUAAUCAUGUGUAUUUAGACAUGGCCUUGUCAUUUUAAGAAGGUGUUGUGGUUUACUUUAUAAUGUGGCAUUUUCGGUAGUGAUGAGAUUUGAGCCUUACGUGAAACAGAAGGAUUUGGAUGCUAUGCUGUAGAAACUUGCUUUUGGCAGUAUAAAAGAGGCCUGUUGCCAAUUGAAUUACUA